CGCCCCGCCCUAAGAUGGCGCCCGCCUUCCGGGGAGCGGCGCUGAGGCGCUUUCCGGUGGCCCCAGGUCCGCCAUGGCGGCGACACGGCUGGAGCUGAACCUGAUGCGGCUCUUGAGCCGCUGCGAGGCGCUGGCGGCGGAGCGGCGAGACCCCGAGGAGUGGCGGCUGGAGAAGUACGUGGCUGCUCUUGAAGACAUGCUCCGAGAGCUGAAGAAGCAGUCCAGUAAGCCUGCCCCAGAACUGCUGAAUGAAUACUCUCGCAAAGUGGACUUUCUAAAGGGACUUCUAGAAGCUGAAAAAUUGAGUUCAUCAACUGAAAAGGCGCUGGCAAAUCAGUUCUUGGCCCCUGGGCGUACACCUACAACGACCAAAGAGAGAACCCCAGCUACCAAAACGGUUCAUCUGCAGACAAAAGCUCGUUGCACAGGCAAGAUGAGGAGUGAGCUGCUUGGUACAGAUCCCUUGGCUAUCAGUGAUUCUGAAGAGUUGAACGUAAGGAAGCGGAAAGGCCUUGUGUCUGAUGAGAAGCAGUCAGCAGUUGAGCUGGAUGCUGUGUUACAGCACCACCAGGACAUGCAGGAGAAGUUAGCUGAAGAAAUGCUAAGUUUGGCUCGCAGUCUCAAAAACAACACUCUGGCUGCACAGAACGUGAUAAAACAAGAUAACCAGACACUAUCGCAUUCUCUCAGGAUGGCAGACCAGAACUUUGAGAAGCUCAAGGAUGAAUCCGACCGCCUCGAACAGCAUGCAAAGAAAUCAGUCAACUGGCUAUUAUGGAUAAUGUUAAUUGUAGUUUGUUUUAUAUUCAUCAGUAUGAUUCUCUUUAUCAGAAUUUUCCCAAAACUAAAAUGAUUUUGUAAAAAACUGCCACAAGCAUAGUUGAAAGGCUCGAAUGGUGUGAUGAAUGUCUGUAAUCAAUUCUUACCACCUGUCACAUCCUGAAGGAGGCUGUCCAAGGCCUACCCUUGCACCUUUCUUGUGCAGUCAGUGGAUUCAGUGAAACCACGGGGAGCAUUUUCUGUGUUUGGAUACUUGGUUCCUUUUUCUAAUUAGUUGAUAGUGCCUACUGAGGAAAGAACAGAGAUAAAGAGCAGUUUACACUGAGCUCUGAACAAGUUUCAGAUAGAUAGUCUUCUCUUUUUAAUGUGGUUGUGGCAAACGUUAUGACUCCUGUAAAAGGCAUUUACUCAAUAGGAAUAUAAAUAACGCUUAGUUGAAGUCUUAAAUUUUUUUUUUACAGCUUUACUGUACUGAACUAGGAUCUUGCUGCCAACAGGAUAUUUAAUUACGAGGUUGUGUACAUAUACAGCUGUAGGGUGUAGGAAAAGAACGCUGCUAUUGAGUUGCUAGCCUGGCUUGGAUUCAGAGAGUGUCGACAGGUAAAAUUAUUCUCAGGCUCACCUUCUUCCCAGAUCAAUGUUUGUUUUUGCAGUCGUCUUCAGUUUAGAAGAAGGGCUGAAUUUGCAUGCAGUCGCAAUGUUUGCUCCCCUUUUUGUAUGCACAAAUGUUCUCGCUCAGUGGCAGUUAUGUUGAUGCUCUUGCAUCAAGAAAACAUUGUGACCCUGGCACCGUAGAACAGUACACACAGUACUCUCCGUAUGGUAUAGGCCUCACCUGUACAAAUAUUUUUUCACUGUAAGAGGAAGGCAAGGGAGGCUGGUAUCUUCAAGACAGAAAUAAAAGAAAAAAGAAACAGCCACUACCAUUUGAGACAAAUUCUUCUGGUCAGGAGUUUUUUUCUCAAUUGUAGUAUUUUUUAAGAGCUUACUGCAAGGAAAUAAAGAUUGAAAUAAACUAGAGACAGUAUUUUGAAAACUUAAUACUGGAAAAAAUUAGAGCCUGCAGGAAAGGUUUCCUGUAUCAGUUUAAGAGCAGUUUUCAGGAGCUUGUGAUAAGUUAGAAGCAAACCUGGAGCAUCAAUCUGUAAAAUGUUGGUGUUUUCAUUUUUACAGUGUUUCAUAUUGAGAAAGCAAGCCUUUUACUCCAAAAUCUUCCUUUGCCAUUUCGAUUGCUGUCUAUAACCACUAGAUGGGGUAUUUUAUGCUUUUCUGUUUGGUCAUCGCAGCAGCCCUAGGCAAAAGGAAGGUGAAGGAAAAGCUGUGUUUGUCACAGCUGAGUUCUUAGGAAAGUUCAGCUGCUUCUUUGAAUGUAUCCCGGUAUAGGGGACACACUGUUUCAGAAUUGCUCUUUGCUUCUUUCAAAAACAUCGUGUUAAUGAAGACAAUUAACAAUUUUACAGAAAAUAUUUUUGUUCAUUUAACAGCAUGCUUCAAAUUUAUUAUGCCAGAUAUUUAUAAUUACCAAAUGAGUAAUUAUACAGCAAAGUACAGCUUUUCACUUUAGCUGCUCAUCUAUGUGGUAAUGCUGAUUCCAUUCCAGAAGCCUAUUACUUACCUUGAACUUAAUAGAAAUUUAUAGUUGUAGCAAUCCAUUUAUGGACAUUUGUACUUUAUAGUUCAUAAAAAACUUCUGGGAAAUGUUUGACUUUUCACUGUGCUUCGUUAGUGAGUGCUGGGUCACCAAACUAUUUUUGAAUUCUAAUUGUUUACUACUUUGCCUGCAGGCAUUUCAGUGCUGAGCUGUUCUUUUACAGCAGAGGUUGAAUGCACAACUGGAAUUUUUUGUGUGAGAUAGUGGAAUGAUACACCAUUAAUCCUUCAUCAUUGUCUAUAACAUUUCCCCUUUAAUACUUGAAAUAAACCGUUUUUUUCCAGCUUGCGAAA